AUGGACAUCGAGGCCAAGCCCUCGGCGCCGCGGCCGCGCUGGUACGAGCGCCACGCGCAGCCCUGCGUGGCCGAGCUGCUGGGCACUGCCCUCUUCACCUUCAUCGGCUGCCUGUCCGUGCUGGACGACUCGGGGGGCACGGGCCGGCUGCAGCCCGCCCUGGCACACGGGCUGGCCCUGGGCGUCACCGUCGCCGUGCUGGGGGACAUCAGCGGAGGCCACUUCAACCCCGCCGUGUCCCUGGGCGUGUGGCUGGUCGGGGGGCUCCACCUGACCAUGCUCAUCCCCUACUGGCUCUCCCAGCUCUGCGGAGGGGUGCUCGGAGCUGGCCUGGCAAAGGCCGUGGCACCGAGCGAGCGCUUCGGCAACGCCAGCGGAGGAGCCUUCGGCGGCAUCGCGGCUGCCGAGCAGGUCCCCGCCGUCCUGGCGGCUGAGAUUGCCCUGAGCUCCUUCCUGCUCCUGGUGGUCUGCAUGGGAGCCAUCAACGGCAGGACCAGCACCCCGCUGGCCCCGCUCUGCAUCGGCCUCGCCGUCACCGCCGACAUCCUGGCGGGGGGCGGCGUGUCCGGAGCCUGCAUGAACCCAGCGCGAGCCUUCGGGCCGGCGCUGGUGGCAAACUGCUGGGACUACCACUGGGUGUACUGGGUGGGGCCCGUGGUGGCUGCGCUCCUCGUCGGGGCUCUGGUCAGGCUCCUGAUGGGUGACCAGGCCACCCGCCUGCUCCUGAAGUGA